CCCUGCUACUACCCAGCUACUUCUGUACUGUAUAAAAGAAUCAGAUGAAGUACAACUUCACACAGCGGAGAGAACAGUUUAAUCCAGCUCAACUGAGACUUUCACUGACUGCUACACUGUGAACACUCACAUCAGGAUGGCUGCUCCUCGUCUCGCUCUGUCUGUGUUUGUGCUGAUGCUGGCUGUCAUCACUCUCAGUGAAGGUAUGCGUGGUUCUGGCCCAAAGAAAUGCUGCUUUCGUUUCAAUGAGAGCGAGGUGCCAAGAGACAGAGUGACUAGCUACAUCAAGACCAGCCAGCGGUGCUCCAACCCUGCCAUCUUGUUGAAGACAAAGGCAGGUCAUCAGCUGUGUGUCAGACCUUCAGCCCCUUGGGUGAAGACGCUCAUCACCUACCUGGACAGCAAAGCCUACCCAGGAGAGACAUCCAACCUGUAACCAUGGCAACGCCACAUCCACUAUCAGGGCCUCUAAUGAACAAAAUCUGGCCAUUUAAUGUGUCGUAAUGCUGCAACCUUUAAAACUACAAUUGUCAAAUAUGUGUUUUUCUGUCAUACAUAUAUAGCUAGUGAAAAUGUAUGCGGAACAGUUUGAAUUGACACCCUUUUACUAUUCUUAAACAUUUUCUUCAUUUCAGACUGAAGAAGUUCAGUAUGUACAACAAUAUGUGUAUUUGUGCUUAGUACAACACUUAAAGUCGGACUGUCAACACUGUGAUAUGUUGUUAUACUAUAAUUUGAACUAACUGAAAGAAACUACAUUCACUGUAAAAGGAGAUCAAUGAGCAAUGCCUCCCAACUCCACCUAUUGUCAUCAUUAGAGUAUAAGCUAUGGGUUACCCCACCUUUUCUACAGUGAAAGUUGUGAGCUCUGUGUCUUGAUUUUCAUAUCAAGUAAAAAGAUUAUGGCUCUUUUUUGAAAUUUACACUCAUGUUUUGAACUCAAUAACAUGUGCAGCUAAGUAAUGUAAUUUGACAACAAAUAAUUUAUAUCUGUAUGCUGAAUUAAAGCAAGAUAAAAUGUCA